AUUGCACCAAGAUGGCGCCUAAAUCUAGUGCUGUUCGCAUCUUUCUGCUGCUAUGGUUGAUGAAUGAGCGACGUUUUGGUACAGAAACUUGUUUGGCAGAUGGUGUUUCAGAUUUGGAAUGAGUUGAUCGAAUAUCUGGCAAUUUUGAAUGGGAAAUAUGUCUUGAACUGUAUUGUAUACGAAAUUCAAAUGCAGUUUCUACCAGAAGGCAUGUUGGCAGAAUUCGUAUAACCUCAAAUACUCUGAACAAAACAUGGACAUCUGUCUAACUCAAUCCUGGUCCGGUGGAAAAGAAAUCAAAGUGUAUGGCGUGCAACAAGACAACUGUACAAACGAAUCAGAUCACCAUUGUCUGUGAAAAUUGUUCCUCAUGUUUUCAUGCAAAGUGUGUGGGGCUGACAAAGGAGAACAUCCAAAGGUUUAGUAAUUCAGUAGAAAAAUGGCUAUGUAUAAAUUGUAGUUUACUGCAGUUUAAUGAUUUUUUUUUUAAUCCCCUAAUUGUUCGGGAAAAUUGCUCAGAUAUUGAGUCAAACCCAGAAAGGCAGACACAUGAAAUAGGGGACGCUUUAAGGCAAUAUGCUACAAAGUACUGUGUUAUUGGGAGUCUGAACAUAAAUAGUAUAAAUGCAAAGUUUAUUGAAGUGAAGGAAUGCAUAGAAGUAUUUGACAUCUUGACUAUUCAAGAAACAAAAAUUGACAAAUCAUUUCCAGAUUCACAGUUUGCUAUCAAUGGCUACAAUUUACAAAUGUGAUAUGUUUAGGUGACUUAAACUGUGACACAUUCUUCACCCACUACAAAAUGGGGAAGGACGGGCAUGGCUUGAUAUUUGUGAUAUCUAUGAUUUACAAAAUCUUAUAAGCGAACCAACAAGGAUAUCCUGCACUAAAGAAUCGUGUUUUCUAUAUAAUAGCAACAAACGUUUGUGCAUUUAUAUUAAAAUCAGGGACAAUAGAGACAGGCUUGAGUGAUCACAAACUUGUUUACACAGUACUAAAUAAAAGGGUAAUGAAGCAGAAAGUCACUUACAAAAGGACAAGAUGUUUUAAAAAUUUUGAUAAAGGAACUUUCAAUAAAGAUCUGGAAUGUGUACCAUUUAAUGUUUCAUAUAUUUUUGAUGAUGUGAAUGAUAACUGCUGGGCUUGGGAAAAAUGUAUUAAGAUAUACUCAAUGAACACGCUCCAGUAAGGUCGAAAAAGUGCAACGAUGCCAUAGGUAAAUCUAAGUUUAUUACCCCAAAAAUUAGAACAUUAUAAAACACUUUCCGUGUUGAUAUCCAGUUAUAUCAACACAAGUCGAAAUUUGGAAAACGAGAAAUUGUGUGGGAUGAAAGGCGGAGUGGGUUCACACAAUUUAGAGUUUUCCCAAUUUCCACGAGUGUUGAUAUCACUGUAUAUCAAUACGGAAAAAGUUUUAUAUUUUGUUUUAUAAUAUAAUAACACAAAGAAACAUAAACAAAGAAAUUUUCCAACGUUUCCGUGUUGACAUGGAGUUAUAUUAACACGGCUCUUAGCCAAUCAGCGUUCAGAAUUUACAAAUCCAAAAACUCUGUAACCAAAAAACAGUGUUUGUACCUCUUUGAAGUUAUAAAAUACCUCAGAUAUGUUUGGGAAAUCAUGAAGUACAAAAAUUACUAAUUGAAAUAUAUUAUCAAAGGAUGAAAAAGGUGAGAAAAUUUUUAAAAUUUCGGGGUGUUUUUAAUUCAGAUUUUGACAGCCAACAUUUUACAAAAACCUUUUUAUUUCACUAAUGAAAGCACUGAAAGUCAUCAAAAUUUUGAAUAUUCAUCAGUCAGGUAAGAAUUUUAACUGAAAUUCUUUUUGUUUCUGUUGAAAGAACAACAGAUUUGUAGCCAAAAUUUUGUGUGCACCAAUGUAGGUUGCUGUAAAAUGUUAGACAGGCGGUUUCUUUUGAAAUCUUUUUUUUUUAGCUUGAAAUAAGUUCUUUACAAGGACCAAUUGUACAAAAAUAUAAUGUAUGCUCAAAUAAAAUGAAUAAUAUUUAGGCAUUUUAGAACAUUCAUUAUUGUAUGAAUAGUUCUAUUGUUAUAAUAAAAUACUACUUUUGACUUUGUGUAACAGUGCUUUCUAAUUCUUUGACUCAUCAUAUCAAAUGCACAAUAUUAAACUUUUCUAAAAAAAUAAACAAAAUUUGCAAGUAUACUCUCAGGAAUUGAAAACAUGAUAAACUCUCAAUUUUUGCCUUUUGAGUUCAGUGGUUACUAUAAUUAUAAUUUAAAAAAAACAUGUCCAAUUUAAAAAACAUUUUUGUAGACUUGAGAGUUUUUACCGUUUUGGCACCAAUUGUAAUUAAAUUGAAUUAAACUCACCAAAUUUCACAGCAAUGGGAAAA